GUAAAGACUGGCCAUAUUCCUUCCUGAGAGGCCACUUUUCAGCCCAUCAAUUCAAUGUUUAUCGUAGUACCUACCCGUUAGCUCGUCCUUCAUGCCAGGCUGCAUCUGCACAAAACCCCGCAUUUCUCAACCGCUGCGAGAGCAAGACUGGGAAUUCAAUACCUAAUCACUCAUGACGGCGGGUUGAGAAGACGACCAACCUUCGGUCUCCCUGACAGCUUACAGCAUGCGUUUACUACACACGACCCGGCUCAAGUUGACGCAGUUCACUGAGAGCAGGUCGAGUGGUAUGCUCGUCGACACCGAUGUCGGCGCGGGGCCUGAGUAUACUGUGCCUCGGUUCGCUAUCUUGUCCCACACGUGGGAGGAUGAAGAGGUCGUCUUUGAGGACAUUCAGGGCGACCAAUCAAUAGCAAAGUCCAAAUUCGGAUGGGAGAAGAUUCGACAAAGCUGUGAAUUGGCGAGGAACCAGGGGUACGAGUGGAUCUGGAUCGACACGUGCUGCAUCGACAAGACGAGCUCGGCUGAGCUGUCCGAGGCCAUCAACUCAAUGUUCCGCUGGUAUCGCAUGUCUGGCGUUUGCUAUGCCUUCCUGUCCGAUGCUGAUGGCGACGGCGUGAUCUACAAGAACGUGUACGCUAGAGGCUCCAAACUCUCUACUGGCGUACGAAAGUUGCGCUGGUACUCGCGUGGGUGGACACUACAAGAGCUCAUCGCCCCAAAACAACUCGAGUUCUACAACAAGGAUUGGGCGUUUAUCGGCACACGCAAGCAGCACAAGAGGGCCAUCGCGGAAGUUUACGGCAUCGAUGAGUACGCCCUGGAUGGCGGGGAUCUGUCGCGGCUGACCGUCGCCCGGCGCAUGGCAUGGCUUUCGUCGCGGGAGACCACCCGAGUCGAAGACCUGGCAUAUUGCAUGCUGGGCAUCUUCGACGUCAACAUGCCAUUGCUAUACGGAGAGGGCUCCAAGGCGUUUGUGCGGCUCCAGGAAGAGAUCCUGAAACUUACUGACGAUCAGACCAUUUUUUCCUGGAGGGAGCAAGAUGCGGUGACCUGCUACAGGGAGGACUAUGGCGAAAGUUUUGAGCGAUCAGGCUUAUUGGCUGACUCUCCACGCCUAUUCGCAACAUCGAUCGGGGUAGCGCGGCAUCGAAUCGAAAGGUCGCAUCGUCCGCACGCCAUGUCGACGAGUAAGGGAAUCAUGGUGCAACUAUUGAUUUGCCAGGACGACAGCUAUGGGUCGGGUGAGGUAUUCCUGGCAGCCCUCGACUGUCCCAUCGGACGUACCCCAGGCGUCAUGGCUGGGAUCAGGCUAAGGAGAACGUCACGGCCAACUGCUACGGGCGUCUUGGAUACUUAUGUGCGGGUGGAUAUCGCACAGAUCUUCCACUUUGCCAAAGUUCAAAAGGAUGGUGUCACGGUCGACAUAUCAGGCUUUGAUCCUACUGUCGAGCAAAAGGAACUCGUCUGCCUGAGAAUGCGAACUAAACACCGGAACUGGAAACCGACGACCAUUUACGUCACGCAAGCCGCCUCCCUGCAACUACCACCGUCGUUCCGACUUCUACCUCCACCGCCAUAUUACGACCACACCGUUAUCACAAUCCACGAAGUGUACCCUGUCCAUCACUGGGACGUAAACACCUGGGUGCUCCAGCCGCCAGCCCCUAAACCUUCCACAGUGACGAUUGGAGUUUUCGAUAUGACCUUCUGCAAAGAGUCUUUCUUUCUCCUUCUCGGAGUGUUCGUCACGCCACUAGGGGCUGAGCCGUGGUGCAAAAUCAUACGUCGGAGGCCCGGGAGGCGAACAAGCAUGAGGCACAUAUAUCAACAUUAUUUCCCGAGAAGGCAAUACCGGCAUCAAUAUAAUCCUGAUACCGAAGAUGACAUGGUAGAGGACUCGCUGAGAUAUCUGACGCAAAGUACUAGUAGGGAGGACGACUCGGAAGAGAGCGAACACGAAUCAGACCAUGAGUAUCCCGUCAAGACAAGUGAUAUGUGGGUAGACUAUAUGGAUGGAGGAAAGCUUUUGGGCUUUGCGGUCAUCGUGGAGACCAAGGAGGUCUCGGGGGCACCAGUGUAUAUUGUCCAUUUUCGACCGUUGUGAUCAAUUGACCAGGUAUUCAACUUAAAUAGCCAGAGGACCUCGUCCGG